AUGGUCACCAAAGAUGAAAUCUUUCAAGCCCUCCUUGACCUCCCCACUGGUAAGUCCCCUGGCCCCGAUGGCUUCAAUGUUGAAUUUUAUCGUUUUUAUUGGGAAGAUCUUGGGGAUUCUUUAGUUUCUGCUAUCCAUUAUUUCUUCGACAACUCCCAUCUCCCUGCUUCCUGGGGUAGAACUUUCGUUACUCUUGUUCCCAAGGUAGCUAAUCCUAGUUUGGUUUCGGAUUUUCGUCCUAUAUCCCUGUGCAAUGUUUGUUACAAGAUUAUUUCCAAAAUUCUUACGAAUAGACUCAAGCCUGUUCUCCCCACUCUCGUGGGUCGAGAGCAAGCGGGGUUUCUUUCGGAUCGUGGUGCUUUCGAUAAUAUUUUAGCAGUGCAAGAGGUUGCCCACUCCCUUGAAUUCGAUCGCCUCGGCCCCCCUAGGAUGCUUAUUAAAUUAGAUAUCGAGAAAGCCUAUGAUUCACUUAGCUGGAGUGCAAUUCUUGCAACCUUAACUAAAAUGAAUUUCCCUGAUAAGUGGGUGUCUUGGAUCAGUGCUUGUCUUUGCUCCAGUUCUUUCUCCAUUUUAAUUAAUGGGGUUCCUUCCCCUUGGUUCUCCUCCUCCCGAGGAGUCCGCCAAGGGGAUCCCAUUUCUUCCUACCUUUUUAUUCUAGUUGCCCAAAAUUUCUCCUCUAUGAUGAACUUUGCCCUCAGAAAUAAUUUUAUUCCUGGCUUUGAUUGUAACCUUAGAUUGAACUUCAACCACCUCUUGUUUGCGGACGACCUUAUCCUGAUUACUAAAGCUACUCGCUCUGUUGCCCGCAAUAUUAAUUUAUGCCUUUCAAUCUACUCACAACUUACUGGCCAAUACCCCAACCACACUAAAUCUCAAAUCUUCUUUCCCUCCUGGUUCAAUCAAAGAGUUACCAAUAGCAUUUGCUCCAUUCUGAGACUUCCUCAAACUUCUUUUCCACUGCGCUACUUGGGUAUCCUUAUUUCUCCAAAAAAGAUAAGUGUCCACUCAUUCAAACCUUUGAUAGAUAAGAUCCGUUGCUUGUGUUCUAGAUGGAAAAACUUUAAACUCUCUGCUGCAGCUAAAUCUAUCCUCAUUAAUUCCUCAAUUCUCUCAAUUCCAACAUAUUACCUCUCGGUCUAUCCCAUUCCUGAUUCUGUUCUUCAUGAAAUUACUAAACUUGUCAGGGAUUUCUUUUGGUUUAAAGGGGGCAAUGGAAAGGGCAUCCAUGCUGUUGCUUGGUGUCAUAUUACUGAUUUUAAGUCUGAGGGGGGCCUUGGAUUUCGCAAUCUUGCACUUGUUAAACACUCUCUAAUGGCCAAAAAUGUGUUCACCUACCUCAAUGCUGAUAAUGUUUUCUGGGUUGAAAUCGCGCGUCAUAAAUAUGGUAGAAUUAAUUUCUGGACUGAUCUUAUCCCUCCCAGAUGCUCUUGGGUGUUCAGAAGUAUUUGUAAAACUGCUAGUAUUUUAAAACCAAAUCUCUGGAUUAAUACCUUUAACCCCAUUCAGACAUCUUUUCAGUUUGACCCUUGGCUUUUUGAUGUGCCCAUUGCUUUCAAGCCAACCUUUCUGAAUGUUUCUGCUGAUUUUAGUAAUCCUACUAUGUCUGAGUUAGUUGUUAAUGGGCAUUGGAAUUUUUCUCUCCUUGAAUCUCUGUUCGGAGAAAACCUUUCUUCCAUUAUUUCUAAUCUCAGUGCUAUUGACUGUUCUGGUAAUAACACUUGGGUUUGGCUUCCCAACCCUUCAAAGCUUAAAAUUUCUGCUGCUGUUUAUCAUCAUCUUAAUCUUGGUAUUAACCAUAAUGAGUCCUGGGCUGGUUGGACUAAAAUCUGGCGACUUCAUGUUGCUCCGCGCGUCAAACAUUUCAUUUGGUUGCUGCUCCAUGGUAGGAUCUCUACCACUGAUUAUUUACAUAGUAUCAAUAUGAGUCCCAGGACCUUAUGCAUCCUUUGUAGUCUUGAACUGGAGUCUGCUGAUCAUCUUUUUCAUGGUUGCUAUAAAGCUCAACAGGUUUGGAACUUAUUGAACUGCAUCUUAAACAUUAACAUUUCCUUCCCUGAUCGCAUUUCUUCUGGCGCCUGGAUAACUGAUUAUAAUCUCUCCCUGCAUUCCAUUUCUAUUAUUGCUGUUUCUAUCUGGUUAUUAUGGAAGGCCAGAUGUGCUGCUAUCUUCAGCAAUAUCAGGCCCAAUUACCCUCUUCUGGUCCGCAAAGCUAUUGCCCAUGUGCAAGAAUUUUUACAGGGAAAUGCCUCACUCUGUGGCCGGCGUCUCCUGCUCAAUAAUUUCUCUCAUGCAGACGGCCUCUUCCUCUUCUUUGCCUUCAGUUGGAAUUGUGCUAAUAAGGUUGGUCAUCUUGGGUAUUUUGUUUCAAACUCUACUCACAUAAUUAACUGUGCAGGGCAUUGUUGUUUCACUGCUGAAUCAAUCUUCGAAGCUGCAAUCCAUGCCCUGAAUACUGCCAUUUACAAUGCUAUCAACAGACAACUGAACAUCCGCCGCAUCCUACACUGUCAUCAGCUCAUCUCCCAACUUCUUUACAACAACUGUGAACCAGUCAUUUGGCGUUUCUCUCAUGCCAUCUCCAAUAUAAACAAUCUUCUCCGGUUUGUGAUGAAUCCCCCUCUCGUUGAGAUUCCUAGAUGCUGGAAUUCCCCCGCCAUUGCUCUUGCUUCUUCUGGCGCCAACAACCACAAUCUCAAUCUUUUCUUGACCGGGCGUGAUCUCCCGCGAUGGAUUAUGAAAACCUUCAUUGAUGCUGGCUUUUCUUUUUGA